GGGUCUUCCAGUUUCCCGGCGUGCUUCGGGCCCGCCAAAUGGGAGGGGGAGACGCAAGAUGGCGGCAGCCGCGAACUCCGGCUCCAGCCUCCCGCUGUUCGACUGCCCGACCUGGGCAGGUAAACCCCCUCCUGGUUUACAUCUGGAUGUAGUCAAAGGAGACAAGCUAAUUGAGAAACUGAUUAUUGAUGAGAAGAAGUAUUACUUAUUUGGGAGAAACCCUGAUUUGUGUGACUUUACCAUUGACCACCAGUCUUGCUCUCGGGUCCACGCUGCCUUGGUCUACCACAAGCAUCUGAAGAGAGUUUUCCUAAUAGAUCUCAACAGUACACACGGCACUUUCUUGGGUCACAUUCGGUUGGAACCUCACAAGCCUCAGCAAAUUCCCAUCGAUUCCACGGUCUCAUUUGGUGCAUCCACAAGGGCAUACACUCUACGAGAGAAGCCUCAGACAUUGCCAUCGGCUGUGAAAGGAGAUGAGAAGAUGGGUGGAGAGGAUGAUGAACUCAAGGGCUUACUGGGGCUUCCAGAGGAGGAAACAGAGCUUGAUAACCUGACAGAGUUCAAUACUGCCCACAACAAGCGUAUUUCCACUCUCACCAUUGAGGAGGGGAAUCUGGACAUUCAGAGACCAAAGAGGAAAAGGAAGAACUCACGGGUGACCUUCAGUGAGGAUGAUGAGAUCAUCAACCCAGAGGAUGUGGAUCCCUCAGUUGGUCGCUUCCGAAACAUGGUCCAGACUGCUGUGGUUCCAGUCAAGAAGAAGCGGGUGGAGGGCCCUGGCUCCCUGGGCCUGGAAGAAACAGGGAGCAGGCGCAUGCAAAACUUUGCUUUCAGUGGAGGACUCUAUGGGGGCCUGCCCCCCACGCACAGUGAAGCCGGCUCUCAGCCACACGGCAUCCACGGGACAGCACUCAUCGGUGGCUUGCCUAUGCCAUAUCCAAACCUCGCUCCUGACGUGGACUUGACUCCCGUCGUGCCGUCAGCAGUGAACAUGAACCCUGCUCCAAACCCUGCCGUCUAUAACCCUGAAGCUGUCAAUGAACCCAAGAAGAAGAAAUAUGCAAAAGAGGCUUGGCCGGGCAAGAAGCCCACACCUUCCUUACUGAUUUGAUAUUUUUGGUCAUGGAGGAGGGUGGGAUUGGGUGGGAAUGGGGUGGAAGGGUGAUGGGGGAGCUAAUGAACUAGGGGAGAAAAACUUUCCAUGUGUGCAGUAUCGUCUUUCAGAAUGUCUCCUGGGCUCCUAACCAAGUAAUAUUAAAACUGGGGGGGAGGUUGGACUAUCCCAGAAAGACCUGUCUUCAGAACACUUUCAUCGUAGAGAAAUUUUUCGUACGUUCUUUUCAGUAGACUUCCCUGGCUCUUUCCCAGGUCUUCUAUUACCUCCUUUUUCUUUUCUCCCUCUUUCUAGGAUCAUUUUUAUUUAAAGUCACAUGUCCCAGGGAGAGAUUCCAGGCCCUCAGGUUGAAUCCAGAGUUGUGGAGGUGACAACAGCAUCACCAGCCUUGUGGGUCCAGCAGCCUAACUUACAUUUACUAUUUCUCCAAGUCCCAGGUAGCAGGAGGGUUGCCACGGAGUCCAGGCUGAUUAACAAGAGGGUUAGAAUUCUUCACUUAAGCUAGUUUAAACUCAAAAGUGUUUUCCUGGGUCAGUGGUUUUGAGGUCCACUAGUUAGCCUUUUCUCUUUUGUCCUUUUCGUUGGAAUGAGAACAUUUUGAUUUUCCUUCAUUUGUGACCAGUGCCAUAGACACAGGUUGAUAGUUUUAAACUUACAAUAUUGUUUGAACUUGUUUUUCUUAUUAAACCUGAGUACUCUUCUUGCCCAAGUUUCUCAUUUGAUUCUAGAGUACUGUUCUCUACUCUCUAAGGCAUUACUUUCCUUUUCGAGUGUGUUAUGAAGGCAAUUUCUAAAGGAUAUGACCAGUUAGAGCAAUUCCAAUUACAAAGGAAAAUAUUUUACUUUGAAAUAACGGGUGUCUCUAAGAGGACGUUUUUAGAUGUUGGUUUGGAGGCUCUUUCCCCCCCUGGACCGAGGGCUCUCAUUGUCAGAGCUCCCAGACUAGACCUGGCUAACAACCAUAGCAGACGGAGAUAGGAAACAUUGGUAUGAGCUUUGUACAGAGAUUUGUACAUUUGUGUAAUAGGCCUUUUCACGCUUUAUGUGUAGCUUUUUACCUGUAACCUUUAUUACAUUGUAAAUUAAAUGUAACUUUUGUCA